AUGAGACCUUUUGUUCCAAUCAAAUUCUCUUCACCCAGUCCUAAACAACAUGAUACAAUUGUAAAGCCAGCUAAUGUCUCUAAAGAUAAGGGAAAAGAGAAAAUUAAUGUCUCUAAAGAACAAAGUCCAACUGUAGUCAAUCCUUCAAAACCCAAAGUGGUUAAGACUACAAAUAAUGACAAGGAUAGGAAGUCCAAGAGAGUACCUAAGGCUAAGCCAAGCCUAGGGAAGACCAGACAUACCAGUCUUCCCAAAACUUCAAGGACUCAAAAAACCUCUCCUUCCAAUGAUGGUUUCUCAAAUUCUGGAUUUCCAAACCAAACUGGAAUUCACUAUCAAAAUAAUUUUAGACUUAACAAUCUUCCAUAUUUUUCUGAAAUGAUGAGACCAAGACCUGUUGAAUCCAACCCCUUCAUGUAUCAGAAUAGAAAUCACCCUAUGAAUUCUAUUCUUGGUCCAUAUUGUGGUUUUUGUUCGUCCAUAGGAGGGAAUCACAUGUUUGGGGGAAACUCUGGGUUUCCAAUGAUCAAUCAAUUCGGGGGAAAUACCCAGUUUCCCAUGUUUGAUCAAUUUGGAAUGCCUGUGAACUAUGGAUUUCCCUAUCUAGGAAUUCCUACUGAGUUCACCAACUCUCCAUUCUUCCCACAAACCAAACCUCAAAAGAAGACACCUAGGAAAUAA